AUGAUCCAUCGCUUGUCAUACACUGUGUCUCAGCUCAGGAUAGGUGACAGCGCUUUGAGGGUGGAAGUCAACAUGGACGCUUUGAGCCCUCAGUCGUCGGACGCUGCUCACGCUUAUGACUGUCUACAGCGGCACAUCACUAAGCUACAGGCCAUAUCAGAGAGCCUUAAAACUCUGUCGGAGUCUCAAAGUCACGUAUCAGCAGAACCUGAGACGAGUGACGCACUGUCCUCGCCUGCCCUAAGAGACUUGACUUGGCUGCCGCCCCUCCCCGACGCGGAUGCGAGCGUCAUGGUACAGAUCCGUGCCAGUAAGACUGAGAUCGAGCGCAGGAUAUCUGCAUUUAUGGCGCGCAAGCAGAUGGAGAUCAAUGAAAACAACGUGCGCGAGUUCUGCAACGUGAUCGACUGCAAUCAGGAGGACAGCUGUGCUAGAACAGACGCCGUGUUCACACCGUUCCCCGGAUUUAAAAGCCACGUGAAAGUCACGCGAGUGGUGAACACGCAUGGUCCUCAAACCUGCACCGGAGGCCAAGGAGAAACUGGGGAUCAGGCACGAGGCCCGGCGACGCACGGCUGUGGGAACCCAGCCAUCGAGGAGCGACUCAACAACAUCGAGUCGCACCUGAAACUCCCGACAGCAGGCCCUGUUCCUGUGAGCGUCUACCAGAGGCUAAAGAAGCUGGAGGACCGAAUCCUCCAAUUGGAAGGACUUUCGCCAGAAUAUUUCCAAUCUACGAACCUCCCACACAAGAAACCCAAGACGUCACCUGCUCAGGCAUGCAGUCUUACCGAGCUGGAUGAGAAGAUUAGUGCGAUGAAGGCGGCAUUGCUGAAGAAGGCCAGUGAAUUUGGGCCCGCAUAUGGGUCUGAGUACCCGCUUUGA